AUGGUUAACAACAAUGGAGUUUACCGUCGCAAUGCUGAUAAAACCUGGCUGCAUACCGAUCCUUACUCCGCCACUCCAAACUUAUCUGGUCGACCGACCUCAGUCGACUCAUCUUGCCCUUCUUCUGCUGGAUCUGCAGCUCAGUUCUACGCACAGGAGACAGGUAUCUACAUACCAUCGCCUGGAUCAGGCAGUCCUGAUAGAGAUGUCCGCCGACCGCAUAUUCCUCUUAGAGAUUCAAUUGGUCUAUCGGAUUAUGAGGGCGGGCCUAGGCGGCAUUUGAUUCCACCUCCAACAAAGAUCAUCACUCCGGCUGAGCGUCGCGCACCACCUAUGACGCCAAGGUUGACCGAUGCAAACCUGGCAGCCCAUACCAGGACAACUUCGCAACAGUUCAAAGCACCUCGCUAUAUUCCAAGUGUAGCUACGUCCGUAUCAGUGUAUAGCCAGGAAAGCGCGCCCCGCAGCCACCAUCAUUUGCAGUAUUAUGCUAAUAUGGAGACUACUGCGGAGGUUCCGAUUGGGCGUCGCCCUGGUCAAAUUCCUAAUCAUAGUGACUCUAGCUCUGAUGGUCAUUCAAUACCCAUCAUGAGAACAACAGCACCUACCAGGCCUCAUCAAUCCGACAGGCAGCAAGGUUUUCCUUCUUUCGUGCACAACACAGCGCUUCCUCGCGAUUCUCGCUCCUUGAAUGCGCAUGAUUUCCCCAGUGCACCACCUAAGGAAUAUAAGGUGGUUAGAUAUGCGAUGGAGAGCCAGGUGUACACACCAGACCCCCAUUUUAUAUCGUAUAUUCCUGCUGGUCCAACUGCGGCAUCUAAUGUCAACGUCGCACACCCUGGUAUCCGAAACUAUGUCUCCAAGCGCGGGAAUGCAAAACAAAAACCUUCCGCGUCGACAUCUUCCAAUAUCUAUGAGGCGUCGUCCGCGUCUGCGUCUGUUCGAUCUUUACCAGCUAUUCCAGGUCGCAAUGAACACUAUCAGCUCCGCAGGAAGCAAAACAGAAACCUUUCCAUGGAUGGAGAGACACAAUCUCUUCACUCUGCUAAGUCUGCGAUAGUGGCGCCGUCGGCCAGUAAACGGUUCCUCAGCUUGUUCCGCUUCCGCCGCUUCUUGCCAGGUGGGAACAAGAAAAAUUGCAGGAAUAAUUUCUCUAAACUCGAUCUCGAUGGAUACGAGGUUAAGCGUUACUUCGCUAAAGCUUAA